AUUUGAUUUCAGUAGUUACAACUAAAAAGAUGGCGCCCGAAUGAAGGACGCUCAGCUAAGUGCUUGCAAUACGUUUUUAAAUUUAUAUACUCAAUAAUACCAUAUAUUCAUUAGGAAAUGAGUAAUCUUUCACCAUUUGGGGGUGGUAAAAACCCACCGUGGGUUCGUAAUGCAGGUCAGGGAAUUCAAAAUAUUCAACAACAAAUGUUAGGUCAAGCAAUGGGUGGUAUGGGUGGACAACCCAUGGUUCAAUAUCAACAACAAACACAACAGGUUUAUCAACAAAGUUUGGGGUUACAACAGCCCAAUAUAACAAUGGCAUCAAUGGCAACACUUGGAUCUAAUUUGCCAUCGGGUAUAGCUGGACAGUUAUAUCCACAAGUUGCUACUGUUUCAUACCCAACACCAAGAGCAUUAAAUACAAAUGCAUUUCAACCUUCUGUAGCUGGUGUUCCACAGCAGGUACAACAAAAUGUACCUUCAUCAUCCACCAAACAGAGAGUUUUUACUGGCACAGUUACCCAAGUAUAUGAUAAUUUUGGUUUUGUUGACGAAGAUGUGUUCUUUCAAACAAAUGCAUGUGUCAAGGGAUCUAAUCCAGUUGUGGGAGAUCGUGUACUUGUGGAAGCAUCAUAUAAUCCAUCCAUGCCAUUUAAAUGGAGUGCUACAAGAAUACAAGUACUUCCUAUGGGGAAUAACAAUAAUAAUUCUAAUACACCACAAAAUAAUCAAACUACUCGACAACAACAACAACAACAACAACAACAGCCACAACAAAAUCGAACCUCUGGAACAUACAAUGCAGUACCCCCUCCAACUGAAAAUCCUAAUAAUAGAUUUACAACUAGUGUGGCCAGUGCGAGCACAGUUAGUAAUCGUAACAAAGUUGGUAGAGUGAGGGAAAGAUCUCCUCGAGAGCGAAAAAAUGAAGAAGAUGAGAUUGAGAGGAAAAGACGUCGCGAGGAAAGAAUUAGAGAGCGUGAGAAAAAAGAAGAACGCAGUCCAUCAAGGACAAGAAGAAGUAAAUCUCCUAGACCAAGAAGACGUACCAGAGUUGUACCUCGUUAUAUGGUACAAAUACCAAAAAUAGCACUUGACUUGCCCGAAGCUGAUGUACUUGAAAUAAGAAGGCGUUAUCAGAAUAUGUAUAUUCCCAGUGAUUUCUUUUCUACCAACUUUCGUUGGGUUGACGCUUUUCCACCACAUAUGCCAUUUGCACUCAAUAAACCAUGUUCUUUUCAUGUUAUGCACAAGGAUGUUGAUCCUUGUUCUGAAAACGUAGCAGUGCUAGAACCUUCUGAUGCUGAUUACAUUUUUUCUGCAAAGGUUAUGUUGAUAUCCAUGCCUGCUAUGGAAGAGAUAUAUAAACGGUGUUGCGGUGUAUCUGAGGAUAGAGAUCCUGAUCGCGAUUAUGUGCAUCCAACACGUUUAAUAAACUUCUUGGUAGGCUUGCGUGGCAAAAAUGAAACAAUGGCUAUUGGUGGGCCAUGGAGUCCUUCAUUGGAUGGUCCUAAUCCUGAAAAAGAUCCAUCAGUUCUGAUCAGGACAGCAGUGAGGACUUGUAAAGCACUUACGGGAAUAGAUCUAUCCAGCUGCACUCAGUGGUAUCGCUUCCUGGAACUCUACUACAGACGUGCAGAAACGACCCACAAGUCAGGGCGAGUGGUGCCCUCUCGCGUUGAAACCGUCAUACUAUUUCUCCCAGAUGUUUGGAGCUGUGUACCUACCAGAUUGGAAUGGGAUGGCCUGCAACUCAGCUAUAAGAAACAACUGGAGCGAAAAUUGCUACGUGCCGCCUCUAACCCCGACGAUUCGGAUGCUACCAAUGACACUGAUGAGGCUGCCGUCGCUGAUCAAAAGGAUGAUCCGGUGCCCGAGAAAAAAGAUCCUACUCAUUACUCAGAGCUGGACCCAAAAUGCAUGAAUGUGAAUGAUUUAAGACAAGAAUUAGCUGCUCGUAACUUAAAUUGUAAAGGCUUGAAGUCGCAGUUACUUGCAAGACUAUCGAAGACAAUAGCAUCAGAACAGGCCAAAGAAGAAGGAAGGCAAGAUGAUAUGGAAGAAACUGAGAAAGACAUUUCGCCACCGCCAAAAGAAGAUGAUGACAAAAAGUUCAGAGAUAGUAAAGAUCAUGAUGAAGAUCGUAAGAAAUUGUGUGAACGUGAACGUAUUGCCCUAGAAAAGCGAUAUACUUUACCAGAAUCGUCUCACAUUGUCGUACAUCCUUCAAGAAUGGCUAAAAGUGGCAAAUUCGAUUGUACUGUAAUGUCUUUAAGUGUAUUAUUGGAUUACAGACCAGAAGAUACAAAGGAGCACUCCUUCGAAGUAUCAUUAUUUGCGGAACUCUUCAACGAGAUGCUGAUGAGAGAUUUUGGUUUCCGUAUUUAUCGAGCACUGUGUAGCCUUCCUGAAAAGCCUAAAGAAAAGGACGAUGAUAAGAAGAAAGAUAAAAAAGAUGACAAGAGAGAUGAAAAGAAAGAUGAUAAAAGGAAAGAUGAGGAGAAAAAGUGUGGCAGAAAAGAUGAACGCAAAGAUGAUAGAAGAAGAGAAGGAAGCAAGGAUAAGAAAGAUGAGAAGGAUGCAAGAAGUAAGGCAGACGAUAGAGAUCGUGAAAAAGACAAAAAUGAUGAUGAUGACGACGAUGAUGAAGAUGAAUCCGAUGACGAUGAUUCAAUUAAAGAUGGCAAAAAAGAUAGAGACAAGGAUGGGAGAAAGAGAAAGACAAAGUUGCAUACACACGAUCCUUAUCUUUUACUGUCAUUUGUAUAUUUCGAUCAAACCCACUGUGGUUACAUAUUUGAUAAAGAUAUAGAGGAACUUAUUUAUACCUUAGGAUUAAAUUUAUCCAGAGCACAAGUUCGUAAGCUAGUACAAAAAGUUGUGACAAGGGAUUCGUUGCAUUACCGCAAAUUAACUGAUAGAUCAAAGGAAGAUGAUUCUAAAGAAGAAAAGAAAGAUGAGAAAGAAACUGAUAAGAGUGAAUCCUUUAAGUCCGAAAGUGAAGAAGAGAUACUGCGUUCUCUAGCACUCGGAAAUAAAAAAUUAUUACCUGUAUUUGUCGGAAGCGGGCCACCUUCGAAGAGAGCACGACGAGAAAACACGCUUGCAGAGCAUUUGGAAGAAUCAACCAUACCUGAAGGUUACGUCAUGUACAAAGGUUCUUUGCUAGAUGUAGAAAAGCUUGUUAGUCAAUUGAAGAGAUCAGAAAAGGCUCGUUUGGACACUGAAGAACGGAUGAUGGAAUUGCAGCACGAGCUAACAGUGGUGAAUGAUAAAUCUAUGAAACAGUCAAGUAAUAUUAAGGUUCUGUCUGAAGAUUUGAAAAUGUAUAAAGACAAAUUAAAGAGUACGGAUGAAAAGCUAAAGAAAGCAUCAACUGAAUGCCAUACGUACCUCACCGCCGUAAAAAAUAUGUAUCAUAUAGCUGCGAAAAUGAUGCAGUCAGAUACAAAGAAAGUAGAGAUUGUAGAAAUACAAGACGAGAAGAUAAGUGAAAUAAAUGGAUCAGAAGGUGAAAAUAAGUAUAAAACAGAUACAAGAUGGGGGGACACUAAAACAAUAGUAAAAAAAGAAAUUGCGGAAACAGAUAAGGACAAGAAAUGCGACAUUAAAGUCUCAAUUAAAAAAGAAGUUACAGAAUCCGAUAAAGAGAAAAAGUAAAGAAAAUCACAGUUUUGAUUAAAGACGUAAAUGCACUGGUACAAAAUUCGAAUUAUUAUAACAGCGGAAGAUAAAGGGGGAAGAAUUUUAUUAUGAAAGUAGAAUGAGCUCCAAAGAUUCUGUUUUAUAAAUUUUUUCACUCUCUGGCACUGUCUCUGUACGUAUUAUAAUACGUACAAUUAGGAACAAUGUGAUGCGUUCUGAGAAAACUAAGUGAUAUUACAUUACUCAAAUGUACCUAUUAGAAUCAUUAUAUUGCAGUUUUUCACGUGAGUGUGUCAACUUUUUCGUAGAUAAAACAAAAUUCAUAAAAUUACCCAAAAUGCAACUCAGAUUUACUAUAAAAUGACAGAUGCUGAUAGACAGUGAAUAAGAUCACAUUGAAUAUUGUCAUUUGGCUAAUUAAGUUUUUAAAUUUCUACCAAAUUUCUAGGUAAACUUAAUUAUUGACAUGAACACUUAGCAUUUGAUUUAUUACUAUACUACUUAUCACAAUUAGCUGUGAUUUAUUGGGAGAUAUUUGUUUCCAGAGAAUGAUUUUCAUUUAAAAUUAUGAGUCUGAUUUUACUUUUCGUGCGAGUUAUAAACGUCAUUUUUACGAUUCUAAAAUGACUUUAGAUAAAUUUAAUUUCUCAUGGUUAUUCAUAUGUUUGAUGCUAGCAAUGUGUUUGUAUUAUGCUGUAAGUGUAUUUAUUGUUUUGUACACAGAAAACAGAAUAACGAAAUAAAAGUUUUACGCAAUAUGUAUAACACCAAACAUAAAUUGAAAGAGUGACAAUUGAUUUAUGGGAUAUCGUCAGCAUUGUUUAUCUAUAACCACUGUAAAUAGCUUGAAAUGGUACCUAAGGAUAACUUCAACACCAAAAUAUCUGUAUAAACGGUUUAAUUUGAUAUGUAUAAAGCACAAUAAUCUUAUGACAAAACUGUUAUAUGAGGUUUUCGUUAAUCCAUGUUCCAACAAGUUUCACAAAGAGUAAAAAUAUAGAAAGAUGGGUGCUCAUGAUGUCCCUCAUUUAGAAUUCAUGUUACUCAUUAUGUGAAUAGAAAAUGCCCCGCAUAUGCGAUACAAAAAAUUCGUUUUACGCGUAUGUGUUCUAUUCGCAAAUAGUACACAAUUUCACAUUGUUUUGUACAUAAUGAUCUAUAAUAAUGAAUAGUUUUUUGUGUUUAUUAUUAGAACAUUGCAUUGUCAGCAAGUCACUAGUACGUUAAGAACAAAUUGUAACAUUUUUUCUUGGCGAUCAGUUCCUUGAAAUAUGACGACAUACACAAAAAAAUAAAUUUUGAACACUC